GGGCUCCUGGGUGUAAUGUGCCCCCCUCCCUAGCCAAUACCAAAGCCUGGAACAGCGGCUGGAGUCGUCCUUCAGAGAGAUGCUGACUCUGAAGGAGGAGAAGAUUGGCGCCCUCCGCAGCCGGGUGGAGGAACUGCUCGUCCUCAAUCAGCACCUGGGAAAAGAGUUGCGCCAGGUGAAGAGCAGCACUGGGGCCCCCCUACCCGAAGCGCCAGGGGCCAUGGAGCAGGGCCAGGGGAACCCCGAGCCGGUGCCGGGGCUUCGGGCUGAGCCAGAGAGCGAUACUCUGAGCAAGCAUCUCAUCGAGGUGGAGCGCAGCAAUGCAGCGCUGCUGGCAGAGAAAGAGGCACUGAUGGGGCGGCUGGGGCAGCUGGAGUCGCAGCUGGGCACCUUGCAGGGGGAGCUGCUGAGCCUGCAGGGGCAGAGCGGAGGCCUGCGGGAGGAGAGUGGGCGACUGCAGGCCCAGUGUGGGGCCCUCCAGGUGAGACAGCCCGUCUGA